CUUGCUAAAGUUGACCACCUCACUGUGAUGGAAAUUAAUACAGUUCGUCCAUUUCUACCUCAUGCUUUGGAUCAAUUAUUCAGGCUAAGACAGGAGAAAAACUCUGCCUACAACCAGACCCAAUAAAUUUGUUCAACAAGCAUAUAAUCACCGGGAGAUGGCGACAAAUAGCCCUGAUCCCGCACAGAUUCGGCGGUUAAUUAGCCGCGUUCAAAAGCCUCUAGUCUUCCGUGGAUUAAUCGACUCGUGGCCUAUGCUAAAGUUUUCUCAAAGCGAGUGGAAUAAUUUGUUUCAUCAAAUGGAAUUAGAAUGCCGAGUGGGUAGCAGAAAUUCCCGAGGAGAUCAACCUCAAUGGGAAGGUAAAUCUGACAAUAUCAAGUGCUCAUACUCCGAGUUCAUCAAGUGGUCCGAGAAUUCUAGUUAUGUGCGUAACCCGGAAAUGAGUGAUUUAGAAACGGACAAACAUUUCCUUUAUUAUGGUUACAAAUAUAUGAAGGACAUUUUUAAUUCGGAAGUUCUGCGAAUGACGGAAUGGAAAGCUUUCGGCUAUCCCGAAAAAAAUGGAGCUGAAUCAACGUUCUGGAUGGGUACAGCUGGUGCCCACACCCCGUGCCAUUAUGAUACUUAUGGAUGUAACCUAGUGGCCCAGUUAUCCGGCAGGAAGCGCUGGAUUCUUUUUCCUCCCGAAGAUACUGAUUUCCUCAAGCCAACACGAGUACCAUACGAAGAAUCGAGUGUUUACAGCAGGAUCAACUUUGAAAAAUGGAUUGGAACAAUACCCGAUAUCGAGGGUACUCAUCCUCACGUGGUAGACUUACUUCCUGGUGAUGUCCUCUUCGUUCCGAGGCAUUGGUGGCAUCAUGUGCGCAACGAAGAGUUGUCAAUUAGCAUCAACACCUGGCUGGAACUCACCAACGAUGAUCAGGAAGCCCGUCUUCAUGAAUCGCUGGUCAAGUUCUUUGUGGCGCAUACCUCCCGUAAUCUACCACCGAAUCUGGUUUCCGAAUUGCUUAAUCCAAACGAAGAAGAUAUGGCGUAUGCAGAUCUGGAUGAAAUCCAAAACUUCGUUCAGUAUUGUUUCAAAGCAUUGAAGGAUAACGAAACUGAUAGCAAAAAUGUUCCAGAAGAUGUUGAUGCUUUGCCAGACGAGCCGUGGAUUCUUCCAGUUAUUUGUAAAGAAUCUUCCGAGCCUAAAGUAAAAAAGGCUCGCUCCGCUGAUGCCCAUUCAAAAAUUGAAGCUCUCGACAUUGUAAGAGCCUUCUGUCAUCCGCGUGUUAUUGAAACUGUCUCACAGAUUCUCAAAAAUGAAUUCAAGACUUGAAAACAUCGAUCAUCGAAGGUUAUUUUUGUGUCACAUUUGUUAGUUUAAUUUCCGCAAGUUGUCCCUAGGAACUAUUUCUUUUUUUUUUUCUUCUGAUUCAACUUAGUAAUAAAACGAAUUGCCUCGCGUUUAUGCCAGAUUGGGGGCAGUUAACUUUCAAAUUGUUGAGGGUUCAUCGUAUCUCUCCACAAGUAUGAAAUUAGCUUUAAAAAUAGCGGAGAAAGUGAACAUCAGUUUAAGUUUAUUACCCAUUGCAUAUUGAUAUAACAUUUGUCCGAUUUUUAAUGAAACUGAAAUACUGAUAAAAUACUUGUGCUCUAAAAAGACUAAGAAAAAUGUAUAUCAUGUAUGCCAGAAGCACAAAAAAUGCAAUGUGUUUGCACCAUCUUAUAGUCGGUCA